UUCUGUCAUAUUUCAGUCAGUUUUGAAUUUGUGAAGUCUAAAGGAAUCUUAACGCGUGUACUUUACAAAACUAAAGGCAGGCCAAAGCAUGAUUGUGAUCAAAAUCGGUUGCUGUGUGCUUCUAUUCCUUCUCGGUUCGAGCUACCAAGCUAAUGCCCAAUUCAAUCCCAAUUAUGCAUCGGGACGAACAACAAUGGUGCAUCUCUUCGAGUGGAAGUGGAACGAUAUAGCUGCAGAGUGUGAGAAUUUCCUUGGUCCCAAGGGUUAUGCUGGCGUGCAAGUCUCUCCAGUAAAUGAAAAUAUCGUUGCGAAUAAUCGUCCAUGGUGGGAACGUUACCAACCCAUUUCCUACCUCUUGACCACUCGUUCAGGCAAUGAGCAACAGUUUGCCAAUAUGGUGAGACGUUGUAACGACGUCGGUGUCCGCAUCUAUGUGGAUGUGGUGUUCAACCAUAUGGCCGCCGAUCGCGCAAAUGCUCGCGGCACUGCUGGCUCAACAGCUAAUCCAGGAAGCAAGAGUUUUCCCGCAGUUCCCUACUCCAGCACAGAUUUCCAUACUACCUGUACCAUCAACAACUAUAAUGAUGCUAAUCAAGUACGCAACUGUGAGUUGGUUGGUCUGAAAGAUCUGGAUCAAAGUAAGUCGUGGGUGCGAGAUCGUAUACUUGACUUCCUCAACAAACUAAUCAAUUUGGGCGUUGCUGGUUUCCGUGUUGAUGCCGCCAAACAUGUGUGGCCUUCGGAUUUAAAGACUAUCUACAAUCGUUUUAAUAACUUAAAUACUCAACACGGUUUUGCUGCUGGUUCUCGUCCAUUUAUUUACCAAGAGGUCGUUGAUUUGGGUGGCGAAGCAAUCUCAAAAUACGAAUAUACUGACUUGGGUGUGGUCACCGAAUUUCUUCAUUCCGCCUCUAUUGGCAAGGUAUUCAGAGGUGGAGACCAACUUCGUUGGUUAACCAAUUGGGGUACUGCAUGGGGUUUCCUUCCCUCGACCAGUGCUUUUGUUUUUGUGGACAAUCACGAUAAUCAGCGUGGACAUGGUGCUGGUGGUAGUGAUGUUCUCACCUACAAAAAUGCGAAACAAUAUAAAAUGGCUAAUGCCUUUAUGUUGGCUUAUCCGUUUGGUAUUCCACGUGUCAUGUCUUCGUUUGCAUUCGACAAUACCGAUCAAGGUCCACCAACAAGCGACGGUAACAACAUUGCCAGUCCUAUAUUCAAUGCUGAUAAUUCCUGUAGUGGUGGUUGGGUAUGUGAACAUCGUUGGCGUCAAAUUUACAACAUGGUUGGCUUCAGAAACAUCGUCUCCAACACUAAUGUACAGAACUGGUGGGACAAUGGCAGUAACCAGAUCGCCUUCUGUCGUGACAAUAAGGGCUUCGUAGCAUUCAACAAUGAUAAUUACGAUUUAAACACCUCCUUGCAGACCUGUCUGCCGGCGGGCACUUACUGUGACAUCAUCUCCGGCGAAAAGUCGGGUUCAACUUGUACAGGAAAAUCGGUUGUGGUGGGUUCCGAUGGUCGCGCCAACAUUUCAAUUCGUCAAAAUGAGAACGAUGGCGUUUUUGCUAUUCAUGUGGGAUCCAAAUUGUAAAAGGAGUUCUGAUCCUACCAGCUGUUAUUAUGGUUAUAAACUAUAUUGAAUGGCUUAAAUAAAUGCUUCCAAGAAAAUCAAAA